AUGGCUUCUCGAUCUCCGCCAGUGGACACCCCGCUCCUCAAAUCCCCUGUGCCUGAGACACCCUUUAAAGACGCGCCAACACCACCGCAAACAGUACCUUUCCCUUCACCACAGACCUUUGAGAUAAUCCCAUCAUUGCAUGGGAUUCUUUCUCGCUUACUCUCAAAAGGUCAGCAACCCGGUUCAUCGGACGCACCCGGAGAUACAACAGGGGACCCAGGAGCUUCCCAGGCACAGGUCCAACAAGCACCUACAAGCAUCCCUAAUGACGGACACAAUGGCAACAACUCAUCUUCACAUGCUGUGCCAGGAGUAUCAGUCCUCGGUUCAGGUGCUCGUCCGCCGCUCGAUGUGAAAACCCUCCCUACCGAAACCAGCUCUGUUAGGAUCCGAAUCCAGAAGGCUCGUACAGUCGUCGAAGGGCUACCAGAUGUACACCGGUCUGUCGAUGAUCAACAAAGAGAGAUUGCAGAGCUGGAGGAUCGUGUGAGACGUUUGCGCUCUGUCAUCUCUGACUUUGGGAAUCGAGCAGGAAUGCUACAUCAGGACAAUACGAGGACCGUGGAAGCAUGA